GUGCACUGACAUCGCUGGAUUCACGAGCAUCACUGAGCUCUUGGUGCUGCGGGACCUCUACUUCAUACUCACUCGCUACUUCUCAGUGAUGAUGAGCGUGGUAGAGAUCUACCAAGGAGUCGUCUCCGAGAUUCUAGGGGACGGGCUUAUCGUCUUGUGGAACGCGCCCGACCAUGUUGCCGAUCACGCGACCGCCGCCUGUGCUGCAGCUCUGACACAACAGCAGGCACUUUGCCACGUGAACGAUGAACUGAAGGUUCUGGAAUUGACGCCUUUGUCCAUCCGAAUUGGCAUACACACUGGGUCAUCACUCCUGGGAAACAUUGGCAGUAUGACGAAGAUGAAGUAUGGCUGUCUUGGUGAGACCAAGCAGCUCGCAAUUCGAUUGGAGGAGCAUUGUAAGUACUACGAGGUUGACGUCAUCUGCUCUUCCGACACCAAAAACGCCAUUCCCCCCGGCAAGUUCUUCAUGCGCUGGUUGGGCAAGGUCAAGGUGCGAAGUGAUGACGAAGAGAUGGUUGGAGUUCAUGAGGUAAUCAGUCGCGAAAAUUUGGAGGAGGAGUCGAUCAUCAGCCCAACAGCAUCUGUGAGGGGCGAUGAGGAAGCGUCCGUGGAACGAUGUCUUUCGUAUCCAUCUCUUUGCUCUGGGGAGAGUGCCUCACCAACCUCGCCUGGCCUUUCAAUACAGCGGCUUCCGUCUAUUCGUCCUGAACGCAGGGAUCCACAAAGGCGGCAGGCAAUGAAGCGUUGGCUGCGCUAUUUGAAUGCGAUGGCCCACGAGGAGGCCCAAGUGUGGAGACUUCUGAACUCGCCUGAACACAUCCGAAGAGAAAAAUCCCUAAUCCCAUCUAAUCCCCUACAUGAUGUCACCGGACGCGGCUUUGAAGGAGCAAGCCGUCGGCUUCCUCAGUCUUCGUGCUUUGGGGUGAAUGCGUGCAUUUUGUGUUCACACUUUGCUUUGAUCUUGUCUUGUUGUCGCCGGGCAAGGCAACCAUCAAGUCAGCAGCGCUUUCUCAUGACACAUUUCCAUGGCACAGCACCGGUCGUCCGCACUCGCAUCAGCCCAUCAUCAGAUGAAGGAGGCCCAAGGCCUUACUGUCGCAGUGCGCAGCCGCCAUUGAAAAACCGGCAUUGCCAUGGGUGGUCCUUGGCAGUGCUUGUAAGCAGCACCUUGGAGCAGAAGAAGAAGAUGCGCCUGGCUUGUCGCGUGUGCUGGAGUAUUCUUGUCUGA